AUGAAAAAGAGGCAGGCAGCAAAGCGAAAUAUCCGCGAAAUCCGCUCCGACGACGAAGUUUCCGAUUCAGAUGUCGUCAACGAAACCGACAAAUUCCACGAGAAUAUCGAUCACGAUUCUGAAAUCGAGGAUGACUCCGAAAACGAAGAAUUCGAAGUCGGAAAAGUACGAGGCCGCGACGAUUCGGAUGAAGAAGACGACUACGAUUUCGAGGAAGAAGCAGAAUCGAGCGAAGACGACGGACCAGCUUUGCCAAGUCGAGAUGAUUUCGGAGAACGACCGGACAGCUACUACGCCGAUUCUGCCCAGCCAAAGAAAAAGAAGCAGAAGCGAGAGACGAAGGCAGAAGCAGCUGAAAGACUCAAGGAUGAGCGAGAAGACGCAGAAUUCCGACUUGACGACGCGCACAACUUCCUCGAAGAUGUCGGCGACACACUCUUAGACGAUGACGAAGAAGAAGAAAAGCCAGAAGAUGUUCCCGAAAAAGCGCUGGCGGAAAUGGACAUCAGCGAAAAAAUGAAGCUUCUGAAGCGCCAGUCGCCGUUGCUUUUUCCACUCAUCGCCGAUUUCAAGCAUUUUGAAAAAGAAUUCACGGAAACUCUUUUGCCUCUUCAGAAGUUUUUGGGAGCAGAAGCGGACGAAGCAUUUUCCGAUUAUUUGGUGAAGCGAAUCAAGCUGAUCAGAUGCUACUUGUUGAAUAUCAGCUUUUACUUGAGAUUGAGAGCAAAAGCGACCCCGAAUCUCGACCAGCAUCCAGUCGUCGAGAGACUCGCCCAACUGCGCCAAAUAAUCGACAAAAGCUCUUCCGACAAAGCUCAAGAUUACGCUCGAGCCUACCUGGAAGCCGUCACUGCUGAAAACAAAAUCAAGAAGAUCGGAAAAGUCAAGAAAAUCGAGGAAAGAAAAGAAGAGAGCGAGGAAAGCGCGGGAGAGGAGGAAGACGAGGAGGACAAUGAGAUGGACGAAAUGAAUGAGGAAGAAGCGGACGCGGACGGAAAACGAAAAGUCAAUAGAAAGAUUGAGAAGAAUGUUGGGCUGCAGAAAGCGAGACAGAAGAAGAGACGCAAUCCGAGAGUCAAGCAUAGAAUGGCCUACGAAGACGCAAAGAAGCGAAGAAAAGGCGCCGUCCGAGCAGUCAUCACCGACCAAAAGAAGAAAUACACCGGCGAAGCGUCGGGCAUCCGAGUUGGAAUCAAGAAAUCUGUCCGUAUCAAGUCCUAA